GACUCCAAAGACUCCACAAGCUCUCCUUCAAGGGAUAAUGAUAAGCGGAGCAUAUUCCGAGGCUCUGUUCUUGGCGCGUUUAUAAAGUGGUGCAAGUCGCCAUCAGCCCCUCAUACUGUGUUAGCACUUCGUACGGAGUCAGUGGAGCGGGGCACUUAUCGACACUGGAUGAAUACGAUUGAUCCUAUGCCCAUCUUCUCUACAACACUAUCUAGUCUAUCUCGGCAGUUAUAGAUGGUUGCUGAGUAGCGUUUUAAUCAUCAGUCAUGGCACGCAAAUACCUAGGGGGCUCGGGUGAGCGAUUAACUGUUUGGAUCUCAAUCGCUGCCAGUACAGUGCUAGUAUUUUACGGGUACGACCAAGGCGUCUUUGGCAAUGUCAUCAUUUCAGAAAACUUCCUUCAAACUUUCGGCCACCCGUCCGCGGACAUGCAGGGGACUAUGACGUCCAUUUAUAAUAUCGGGUGUUUCAUUGGUGCGAUGAGCACUGUAUGGACAGGUGACAUUCUCGGCCGACCACGACAGAUCAUACUUGGCUCGGCGAUUAUAGGGAUCGGAGCCAUUAUUCAAACAUGUAGCUGGACUGUCGCGACCAUGAUGGUUGGUCGUAUCGUUGCAGGACUUGGCACCGGAAUGAACACUUCAACCGCUGGUGUAUGGCAAGCAGAAACGAGUAAGAUGAACAGCCGAGGAAAGCUUGUUAUCAUUCAGAUGGCCAACUGCAUCACUGGAUUUAGUAUUUCAAACUGGCUCACUCUCGGCUUCUCUUUUGCGCCACGCGACAUCGCAUGGCGCUUCCCGCUUGCCUUUCAACUCUUCUUCACCCUCUGUAUAUUUGCCAUGUGCCCAUUUCUACCAGACUCGCCGCGUCUCCUCAUCCGAAAAGGCAAGCACCAAGAAGCACUAGAAGUUCUUGCAGUACUUGAGGGCCAUGGAGCAACACCCGAGUCAGCUUCUGUUAUUACCCAGUACAACAUCAUCAAAGACAUUCUGGAUCGCGAGAAUAUGAACACAUACACCUGGGUGCAGCUGCUCACUGGAAAAGGUCCAAGUGGCGUAUUGCGACGCAUGCUCUUGGGGGCGUAUAUGCAAGCAAUGAACCAAAUCAGCGGAAUCAAUGUAACUUCGUACUACAUGAGUUACAUUUUCAUCAACGCUCUAGGCAUCUCAGAACUGCUGUCGCGUAUCCUGGCCGCAGCAGGUUCAGUAGACUACCUGAUCUUCGCUUGUUUGGCAUACUUUGUCAUUGAGCGGUACGGGCGCCGGAAAGUCAUGAUGGUUUCCGCGGGCGCAUGCUCCGUCUGCUGGAUUGUCAUAGCGGCAUCCCAGGGGCAGACGGAAGCUGGUGGAGACUCGUACAAGCUUGGAAUUGUCGCUGUUUCAUUCUUCUUCGUAUUUUUCGCUAGCUUCGGUAUGGGUGUUCUAGGUGUUCCGUGGCUGUACCCCACUGAGAUCAAUGCGCUCGAAAUGCGAACAAAAGGUGCAUCGCUCGCCAUGGCCACUAACUGGAUCUGCAACUACGGCGUUGUGCAAGCUACUCUUCCAGGCAUCCAGAACCUUGGGUACAAGUUCUGGAUCAUUUGGGCCGUUAUUUGCUUUUCUUUCAUCCCAGCCACAUACUUUCUUUACCCAGAGACAGCUAAUCGGACCCUGGAAGAUAUUGAUCGCUUCUUUGAAACGAAGCCUGGUAUCUUCGUUCAUCGUAAUAAGCUCGCUGUCCAACUACAUCGUCCUAUUGAAUUUAUCGAAGCCGACGAAAGAAUUGCCACGCAUGAGCAGACGAAAAUCUCCGAAGAAAACAAGGAAAUGAGUGCGGAGUACGUGGAGAAGAAGGAGACUGUUUGAGGUAGCUGGAUCGUGAGUAUCCUGGCAUUGGGCACGCCUAGACUUCGAUUCCAGUAGAGCGGGAUACAUCCUCAAAAGUUAAGCGAAACGGUUCUAACGUCUGUGGGAUUUUCAACCAGCACAUCCUAAUUUCGUUCUCCAGCCGUUGUGACUGAUCGGGCAGGUUUGUUAAUUUGGGGGCACUCGGGUCGCGAGUCAGACGUAAACUACACGCUUAAUAGAGUAGAGGUCAGUCAGCGCAGGGGUAUACGUCUUCGAAACAAGCCUUAGUACACAAUGCUUCUCGUACAACUAAUAUACACGAUACAAGCAGCGAAUAAGCAUCUGUCGUAUUGCUUAAGUGGAGAAAUUGCGGACAACGGCCCGCCAAUCCGU